CCCCGCCACCGCCUCCCUCAGCCGGCCGGAAGUGCGGUAGCGUCUGAGGGGGAGAGCGAACACGGGGCGGGUGACAGUGGGGCGAGCUGAGGCGGCAGGAUGUCUUCUGGCGCUUUAUUUCCAAGCCUGGUGCCAGGCUCCCGGGGCUCAUCUAGCAAAUACUUGGUAGAGUUCCGUGCGGGAAAGAUGUCUUUGAAAGGCAGCACUGUUACACCAGACAAGAGGAAAGGUCUCGUAUAUAUCCAGCAAACGGAUGAUUCCCUCAUUCACUUCUGUUGGAAAGACAGGACUUCAGGGAAUGUGGAGGAUGACUUGAUUAUUUUUCCUGAUGACUGUGAAUUUAAGAGGGUGCCUCAGUGCACUACGGGCCGUGUUUAUGUGUUGAAAUUCAAAGCUGGAUCCAAGCGGCUCUUCUUCUGGAUGCAGGAGCCCAAGACUGAGAAAGAUGAGGAGCACUGCCGUAAGGUGAAUGAGUAUCUCAACAACCCACCAAUGCCUGGAGCUCUGGGUGGUAGUGGAAGUGGAGGCCAUGAGUUGUCUGCCCUUGGAGGUGAAGGUGGCUUGCAAAGUCUUCUGGGAAACAUGAGCCAUAACCAGCUCAUGCAGCUGAUUGGACCAACAGGCUUAGGAGGACUUGGUGGGCUCGGUGCUCUGACGGGUCCUGGUCUGGCUAGUCUGUUGGGAAGUGGGGGCCCCCCAACUAGCAGUUCUUCUUCCAGCUCUCGCAGCCAGUCGGCAGCUGUGACACCAUCUUCCAGUACUUCUUCCACACGGGUAACGCCAGCUCCUACAGCUCCUGCAGCUGCCUCUGCCACUGCUACUGCCACUGCCACCAGUCCCAGUCCUGCUCCAAGUUCUGGAAAUGGAACCAGUACAGCAACAAGCCCUACUCAGCCCAUCCAGUUGAGUGACCUCCAGACUAUCUUGGCAACGAUGAAUGUGCCAGCUGGAGCAGGAGGCCAGCAAGUUGACCUGUCCAGUGUCCUGACCCCAGAAAUAAUGGCACCCAUUCUGGCAAAUACAGAGGUUCAAGAGCGCUUGCUGCCUUAUCUUCCUUCCGGGGAAUCUCUGCCGCAGACAGCAGAGGAGAUCCAGAACACACUGACCUCUCCACAGUUCCAGCAGGCACUCAGCAUGUUCAGCGCUGCCUUGGCUUCUGGGCAGCUGGGACCGCUAAUGAGUCAAUUUGGCCUACCAGCUGAGGCAGUAGAUGCAGCAAACAAAGGAGAUGUCGAGGCGUUUGCAAAAGCAAUGCAAAACAACGUCAAAUCCGAUCAAAAGGAAGGAGACUCAAAAGACAAGAAGGAUGAGGAAGAAGACAUGAGUUUAGAUUAGGUUUCUUAGCUGUGUCUUACGGGUACUCCUAGAUAUUUACCUUAAGAUAAGUAGGAUAACUAGCAUACUUCAUGUAUUGAAUCUGCAAGUAAAGGACCUCUCUGCCAAAUUCAUCCUGGGUAUACUGGGUUUUUUCCCCACUUGCUGCAGUUUCAAACAGAUGUUUGUCUUUGUGGCCUUAAAGUACACUUUGGCAGCUUCUUAUUGUUGUCCUUGGAAACAAGUUUGGUUCACUUGAUUAAAUUUAUAGUCUUGCAUCAAA